GCUCAAAGCGGCUCGUUGCUGUUGUAUACGGAUAAAAUGUAUUAACUUGUUAAGUCUUGAAUUAAAAUAAACAUCAUUUGUAUAAAUGUUUGUAUUUUAGAGAUGGUAAUUACUGCUAUUUUUAAGCACAGAAUCUUCUACUGUAAAUCGGUAUUCGAGAAAAUCCGAAAAGGGACAUUAUUCGUACGUACAUUUAUAAAUGAACCAAUAAUCCCUGUUUCCCAGUUAAGACACACUCAUAGUGUUCCACAAAAAGGUCCUUGGAGUGUUUUGUUUUUUGGGACUGAUGAAUUCGCUGUGCAAAGCUUGCAAAGGCUGCAUCUUGAAUUUAAAUUGAAGAGAUUGUUAUGUCGCUUAGAAGUCGUUACAGUUUCCAAAGGUAGAGAUAAUGCAGUCUCUCGGUACACAAGGCAAGAGGGUAUCGUAAUGCAUCACUGGCCUCUUGAUAUUGACUUAGCAGACUUUCAUAUCGGAAUAGUUGUAUCAUUUGGCCAUUUAAUCCCUGCACAUGUCAUACAAUCAUUUCCACUGGGUAUGAUAAAUAUCCAUGCAAGUUUGUUACCGCGAUGGAGAGGUGCUGCUCCAAUAAUUUAUGCCUUGAUGAACGGAGAUACGGUAACAGGAAUAACAAUAAUGAACAUAAAACCACACAAAUUUGACAUUGGGGAGAUAAUAUUACAAGAGAAAGUAGAUAUUUUGCCAGAUGAGAAAAUGCCAGAGUUAUAUAACAGACUGGCAAAUCUAGGAGGAGACCUUUUAAUAAAAGUAACAGAAAAUUUGCCAGAAAUUUUGAACAAUUGCAAGUCUCAAUCUAAAGCGUCUGUAAAAUAUGCUCCUAAAGUAUCAUCAAAAAUAGCACUAAUUAACUGGAGUACCAUGACAGCAAAAAAUGUGUAUGACUUGCAAAGGGCGUUGACAGGACUGUAUGUACUUAAAACAAAGUUCGAAAACAAGACUGUGAAACUCAUAGAUAUUAAAAUUGUUAUGGAUGUGCCAGAAAAAGCGAAAUUAUUGCAAAACACGCCAGGUCUGUUCAUCUAUGACAAAAUGAGUCGAGCAUUAUUCGUUCGAUGUCGCGAUGACAGCUGGAUCGCUGUGAAGAAAUUGGUUCUUCCAGGCCGACCACCCAUGACUGCUUGUGACUUUAAUAAUGGAUUCCUUUCUAAAACUAAACACACUUUGUGUUUCCUUUAACAAUAACAUAAUCUAUGUGCAAUAACUGAAGAGGACGUUCAAUGAAUCUUAGAACAAUUUAAGUAAAUGAAUGUUCUAUCGAUUCAUAAGUAAUGUGAAUAUUUACACAUUUGUAUAUAGAAUCUUGUAGUAAUAAAAUAUGGAAAUAUAAUAAAGGCGAGAACAGAAAAAAAUAGGUGAAUUAUUGUAAUAGGAUUCUACUAUUUCUUUCCGUUUACGGUAUUACCCACACGUUGG